AUGGCUGAAAGAAUAGUGCCUGUCAUCUCGCUCAAAGACUUUGAUCGUCGUAAAGAGGAGAUCACGAAGGAGCUUGUUGCAGCGGCCGAAAAUGCAGGUUUCUUCACUUUAGUCGACCAUGGAAUUUCUGUGGAAGAGAUUGAGGCUGAAUUCGCAAUCUCCAAAGGCUUUUUCAGUCUUCCUGCUGAAGUGAAGGGAAAGACCCCGCACGACACCGAAACCAACAACGGUUGGGAGUACAAGGCCCAAUGGAGACCGAGCACUGGCAUAUAUGACCAAAAAGAGUCUUUAUGGCUGCAGCGGAACUCGGAAUGGCCCAGUAAUGAUGAUGUUCCAAACUUCCGUGAAACCACUGAGAGCUUCAUGUCCAAAUGUGCUGGGAUCUCUGAUAAAGUCCUGACAUGCUUCGCUACUGCUCUUGGAUUUCCAGAGGACCAUCUCCGAGUCGCAAACGAUCCAACAAAAUCAGACUGCUUGACCCAACUCAGGCUCAUCCACUACCCUGCUUCAGAGAAUGCAGCCGGCACGUGGAGAGCAGGAAGUCACACAGAUAUCGGUUGUCUCACCCUUCUGUUCCAACGAGACGGAGAGGACGGUCUUGAGAUUUGUCCAGGCAGAGAAAGCCACACCAGUUUUGCCAAGGGCGAUACCUUUACUCCAUUGCCCGCAAAAACUGGGCCUAUUGUGGUCAACAUUGGUGACAUGUUAAUGGCUUGGUCAGAUGACCGACUCAAGUCCAACUUCCACCGGGUGCGCGCUAAGGGCGUCGGUAAAUCUCCAUCUAGAUACUCAAUCGCCUACUUCAACCAAGCCAGACGAGAAUUCGUUGUGCAAGGACCGCAAAAGAAGUAG